AUGGCUGCUGCGCUCUGGGGCGCCCGCGCUGGCCAGCACAGCGUUCCAACGCCUCCUCCCUCCCGGGUCCCAGCACCAGCCGGGCUCGCAAGACCUUCUGUGUGACUCCGCGAGACUGGACCGGGAGAGGGAGCGAGUGUGGCUGGCUGGCGGGGCGCGCUCUUCUGGCCCACGGGAGAGGGUGUCGGUGGAGAGUUUGGUGCCUGUCCCGAGAAGCCGAAGCCACGGGACGUGCCUGCAGCUGUGGCAACAACUUGUGGAGAGAACCUCACUGCAGUCCCCUACAAUACUCUCUUUGAAGGAUCGGAACUGACAGGAAGUUGUCUUGAGAUCAUUUGAAACACUGAAGAUCCGUCCAUUUGUCCUGGGGGAAUUCUCCUGUGGAAAGAACGCUGGUGGGCCACUUUCUGUAUCAUCCUGCUUGGCCCUGAGGAAAGGAGGAGGUGAAAGCUGCAUUGCUCCUGAAUCGAGACUUGACAGGAUCAGAUCAAUAUUCUGCGGUGGGCACUCCUUAUUCAGCCCUUAUGUGAGUCCUUCACCAAGGAUCAGGCCUGUGGAGUGUUCCCACUAUGGCGAGUAACAGCAGCUCCUGUUCCACACCGGGGAGCGGGCAUCUCAACAGCUACUCAGUACCUCACUAUGCGUUUUUCUUCCCACACAUGAUUGGGGGCCUGUCACCACCAGGGACUCUGCCAGGGAUGCAACACCAGCUACCGGUCAGCGGGUACAGCACACCAUCGCCAGCCACCAUUGAAACACAGAGCACCAGUUCAGAGGAGAUCGUGCCCAGUCCCCCUUCGCCGCCCCCUUUGCCCCGAAUCUACAAGCCCUGUUUUGUGUGCCAGGAUAAGUCAUCUGGCUAUCACUAUGGGGUCAGUGCCUGUGAAGGAUGCAAGGGUUUCUUCCGACGUAGCAUCCAGAAGAACAUGGUGUACACCUGCCACCGUGACAAGAAUUGCAUCAUCAACAAAGUGACACGAAACCGUUGUCAGUACUGCCGCCUGCAGAAGUGCUUUGAAGUUGGCAUGUCCAAGGAGUCUGUCCGGAACGACAGGAACAAAAAGAAAAAAGACACUCCCAAGCAGGAAUGUUCGGAGAGCUACGUCAUCACUCCAGAGGUGGAGGAUCUUAUUGAGAAAGUGCGCAAGGCUCACCAGGAGACCUUCCCUGCCCUCUGCCAGUUGGGCAAGUAUACCACGAAUAACAGUUCGGAUCAGCGGGUGUCUCUCGACAUUGACCUGUGGGACAAGUUCAGUGAACUGUCCACAAAGUGUAUCAUCAAGACAGUCGAAUUCGCCAAGCAGUUGCCAGGUUUUACCACGCUCACCAUCGCUGACCAGAUCACGCUCCUCAAAGCAGCCUGCCUCGAUAUCCUGAUCCUGCGGAUAUGCACACGCUACACCCCGGAGCAGGACACCAUGACCUUCUCAGAUGGCCUGACUCUGAACCGCACUCAGAUGCACAAUGCGGGCUUUGGGCCCCUCACGGACCUAGUCUUUGCUUUUGCCAACCAGCUACUGCCACUUGAAAUGGACGAUGCUGAAACAGGCCUUCUCAGCGCCAUCUGCCUCAUAUGUGGGGAUCGGCAAGACCUGGAACAGCCUGACCGAGUGGACAAGUUACAAGAGCCGCUACUGGAGGCCCUGAAAAUCUACGUGAGGAAGCGAAGGCCUAGCAAACCUCACAUGUUCCCAAAAAUGCUGAUGAAAAUUACAGACCUGCGAAGCAUUAGUGCAAAGGGUGCUGAACGCGUGAUCACAUUGAAAAUGGAGAUUCCUGGAUCUAUGCCGCCCCUCAUCCAGGAGAUGUUGGAGAACUCUGAGGGCAUGGACAGUUUGGGAGCCCCGACAGGGGGCCCCUCCCGCAUCAGCAGCCUAGCCCCGCCUCCUGGCAGCUGCAGCCCUAGCCUCUCACCCAGUUCCAACAGAAGCAGUCCUGCCACGCAUUCACCGUGACCAUUCUAGCCAUCAGGACAAAGCUGCGUGACCCCUCCACACCCCACCCCACACCCUGACGCACACUUUGAUCUUUUGUUCCCCGGGAUGCCCGGACAAAUGUUUGAAGAUCAGGGGAGGGGGAAGCAGUGGGGCGGUAUGCUGCCUUGAGCAUCUCUCCCACCCCUUUCUUGUGUCACAUGGUUUGUGCUCAAGCCUGAGGGGGACAGGCUCCUUGUACCCAUUUCAUACCAGCACACUAUCUUUUGUUUGACAGUUCCAGAAAAAACAGGGUUUUGCUUUCUAGAAAGACCCAUUUUUUUUUCCACUGGGGUGGCACAGUUCAUAUACCGGAAGUUCUGGACUCCCUCAGACAGACUGAUGCACAGAUCUGAAGGACAGAUGCUCGAAACCAGGAGUGAGACUUUGAGAAGGAAAAAAAGUGAACAAUUAUAAAAAAAUUCACCUCCUUUGUGGCACGCCCCCUGCCCCCACUCUCCCCUUCACCCUCUCGUGAGCACACAUACACACUUUCACGAAGGGGUUGCCGCUGGCUUCAUGUUGCAGUGAAAAUGAAGUGGUGUUUUCUCUGGCUGUUUGCAUUUCAGAUGUUUCAGGGGAAAGGUUAUAAUGUUUUCUGUUUUUUUUUCAAAUUGCUCAGCCCCUUUUUUGUCCUCAAGUACCCAGAGUUCCCCUUUCUCUCCUUCCCCACUCCUUGUCCACUCACACAUGCCUAAAAAUGUCACCAGCAAAUAAAAAAAAGAAAAAUUAGGUCUUCAGGUAAAAAAAAAAAAGUACACAUAGAACAAAGGAGGGAAGGAUUCAUUUAAGAGAGAAGAAAUAUUAUAUAUAUAAAUAUAUAAAAUAUAUAAAAAUACAUUUUAAAAGAACACUUUGUAAAAGUUUGCAAUUUGGAGGGUUUUUAGGAACAGGUCGGCAAGGAGAAAAUCAGGGAAAAAACACCAAGGUUCUUGUAUGGAGCUGGUCACAAUUUUCUUUUAGAUGCAAAACUUGUAAGAGAGAAAUUUGGAUCUGAUUCUGCAAAGUGCUUGACAUUGCAAUACUAUGUAGAGUUUACUGCAGUCUAAGCUGUUGAUUUUACAGGUUUUAGACUGGAGUAACUCUGCACAGGAUUGUGAUGUUAAAGUUUCAUAUAUUUCAGGAUGGGGAGAAGGAGAUUUAAAUAUAUGUUUUGGUCUGCUAUUAAAACCAAUGUUAGUUGAUGGUGCUUUGGUGGGGUUUUGCUCUUCCUUUCUUAAUUGUUUGCAAUGACCGCAAAUCUUUGGGCUCUGUCUAUGAUACAAAGCUAAAACCUAGCAGUUUUUGAUAUUUUUUGGCAGCUGAAAAUUUGGGCAACAAAGCAGGUUUUUGAGUUCUGUGAUAAUUUAACUCCCUAAUCCAAUAUUCUGUAAAGGCCCUACACUCUUUCAUUGUUUCACUUUUUAAAAACAAAUCCACUAAAACCUGAUUCAUAUUUUUAACAGAUUUGGAAGAAAUGACCUGACUUUUUCUGUACUCUACAGAAUUUUGUGAGGAGAAAACAUUUUCUCUAUUCCCCCCUUGGUUCUUUGGCCUUUGUUCCCUUUUCCUGUGUUCUGGGCAGUCUUUUCUGUGAGAAAGGAUUGGGGGGGAGGGUUAAAGGCCUGGAUCCAAAUUGUUUUUGAGCAUUUGUGCAAGCCCAAUGGAGUUGUCAAUUUUUUUUGUUGUUUAAACAGCUCACAUUUAAAUCAUAUUUACAAACUCCUUGCCAUGAGGGGGGAGGGGGUGUGAUGCCAUUCAAGGAGGACAAGAUGAAAGAUUGCUUGGUCUCAUAGAAUUAUUUCCAAGGUUUGGGGAUUUGGGCCAAGAAAUUUCAAAACAGCUGUAAUAUUCUUGAUUUAUCUGUAAAGCUUGUUUUUUUAAAAAAAUGACAGUUUUUUUUUAAAUGGGACCAGCUGCAAAACUUCAUGUACUGGGUUAGGGGUGGAGGAAUGUCUGAGGGUGGAUGGGUUGGUUUCCCUCACAAUUUAUUAUUGAUUUUUUUCCCUGUUGCAAUUUUAGCGGCUUUAGGAUCUUCAACAUGAAACCUAAAGCAAAAUGGGAAGGGGGAAAAAAAGACAUUUUUCUCCCCUCAAAACUCCUCCCUCAGUUUGAAGACCCUGUGCUCCACACACUUCUCAGAUGUGUAUAUAAAGAUGUUGUUAUUUCCUA